AUGAUUUUGUUACAGUUUGUAGUUGCCGCUAUUCUCGGAGUCUGCUCAGCAGCCCGUCUUGACAACGCAUAUCUGCCUCCCAGAGGCGGAGAUGGCGCAGGCUAUGGUGCUACUGGUUCCGGCUUUGGAUCCGGCUUCGGCAGAGGGGCUGUAGCAGGCUUUGGACCUAGCGGCGCUGGUUUUGGAGGAAAUGCUGGAGGACAAAGCUACAGUGGAGCAGGUGUUGGAGGCGGUUCAGGUUUUGGACAAGGAGCCGGUCAAGGCUACCAAGGUUUUGUAGGAAGGAGCAACCCCGCCGACGCUAACGCCCAAAUUCUGAAAUACAACAACGAAGUUACUGCUGAAGGAUUCUCAUACGAUUUCGAAACAUCCAACGGUAUUAGGGCUGAUGCAUCCGGGGUAGCCACUAAUGGUGUCCAAUCUCAGGGAAGCUUCUCGUACAAGGGUGACGAUGGCCAAGACUACUCCAUCACUUACACUGCUGACGAGAACGGUUACCAACCACGUGGAGCUCAUCUGCCCACUCCUCCUCCCAUCCCCGAGGCAAUCCUGAAAGCCCUGGAGCAAAAUGCUCGUGAUGAAGCAGCUGGCAUCGUUGACGAUGGCUCUUACCGCGGCGAGGGCGCUGGUAGCGCAGGUGGUUACUCCGGCCAGGGUGCCUACUCUGGCAACCGUGGUUACAACUCUCAGGCUGGUAACUUCGGUGGUCCAUCAGGUUUCGGUGGUUCUUCAAACAUCGGCGCUGCAUCCCGCCAGUACCUCGCUCCCAACGUAGGCGCCCGAGGGUCUGGCAACGGCAACUACAACUCCCAAACCGGUUACCGUUACUAA